GGGCUGCUGACGCGCGGCGGCACCAGCCGGGUCGGGCUGUGGCCACCAUAAAAAGCUGGGCUGAGAGGUGGUGUGGUCCAAAGCGCUGAAGGUUUCCCCACACCCAGCAACUCGCCUGCUGCUUCAUCCAACACAUCCAGGAACCAAAGAUGCAGAGGUGUUUUGGGAUUUUUUGUGUUUCGCUCAUUUUAUGUGCAGCUCUGUCUGAGACCAUCGGUUUGGUCAUUGCGGCGAAAGACAAGCGAGGCUGGACUCUGAACAGUGCCGGGUACCUGCUGGGUCCCCGUCGUAUUGAUCACCUAAUUCAGAUAAAGGAUUCUCCCAGUGCCAGAGGCAGAGACGAGCUGGUCACGCAAUAUGGCAUAGAUGGACACAGGACAUUAGGGGACAAGCCAGGUCUGGCUGGAAAGAGAGACAUGGGCCUGGAGGACGACGUCAGAACAGCUGCCCUGAGAAUAGCAGAUGAAGACAUCAUCCACACUGUCGUCAACUUUCUGUCCUACCUCAAACUUAAAGAAAUGGGAGCUUUGGAAAACCUGCCGUCCUCUGUGACAUCAGACGAACUGGCCAAUCCCUAAUGAAUCCGGACCAUCAGUCCCGAGUCCC